AAUGGAUCCGAAGGAAACCAUCAAGCUUUCUGGCGUUGCUUCAAUGGUAAACAGUAAGACCAUUGUUGAGCGCAUAUUAGGAGAGCCCUUGGUUCGAGGAACCAAUUCCAGUUCAAAAAUGGCCUUGAUCGUUGAAAUAUUAGGCGCAGGCCCAGGCACAGGAGCCAAAGGAUCGUUGCGUUGCGUAGCGCCACGUGUUCUUCAAUUACGCGAAGAGGAAUGCACCGAUCUGCAUAGCCGUGAGGCUCGGCACGAGAACGAGAUGAUUCAGAAGAUGCGGGUCCUAAAGAACUGGGACCACCUGACUCUGGUCGACAAGAUCGCUUCGUGGAAGUUAGUCAGUUACAAUAAUUGCGCCGGCCUACGCCUUUCUUCCACAAUGUCGUCGGCUAAGCGCCGCAGCAUUGGCGCCCGUCGCUCUUGGAUGCUAAUUCUGCGACCUUCAAAGCUGGGUGUUAAGGAACUCAUCAUUGAGUCGAUAUAUCCCUUGCCAUAUAUAGGAGUAGAUUGCAUUAUUCAGCGUGAGACAUCAUCUUCAUCAAAUGAUGAGGAUCGCGAUCAAAUCAUAAUCAAUGACGUCAGUUUGAUAAACAAGGCUAAGUUGAAGGGCAUACGCGUGGGUGGGAAACCUGCUAAUGGCACCAAGAGGGUUUUCUUCUCUGGUGGCAUUGUCUUGCCGCUAAUAACGAAGAGCUUAUCGGCCGAUAUUGAACAUAUUGGUAAUUCGAUAAGAGACACCAGCUCAUCUAUUGAUGACGGGAUCGAAGCCAGCAACACACAGCAAUAACAAAUCAAAAAUACACUUUGAAGCGUUGUGAAGGAGGCGGAGGCGAAUCGAUAGCUACCUAUUUGAUUUCUUCAAAACUUUUGGACAACUGACAUCAAUUUAAGACAAAAAAGCAUAAUCAAAUCGGCAGCUAAUGGAAUACAGUUCCUACAAAUGCCUAUUUGUGCUCAUUCCAGCAUCCCAUGUCAGUUACACAAUCUAAUUGCUUCGACUUUGUUUCAACUAGUUUAUCUACAAGUUUUAUUGUUCUUCGAAUUUAAAUGUGCGUAAAACCGUAAUGAUGUAAUGUUAAUCGUAUUAUAAUUUAAUGAAAUAUAUAAUAUCGAAAUUCAACA